AUGGACUGGGUUAAAGAAUCUCCGCCUAUACUAGCUGAGUGCGGAACCACAGCAGAAUUCUGUACCGAUACUAAUAUAGGUGCCCCUAGUACUACUAAAGCCGGCACUAACGGCUAUAUCUCACACUACGGUAUGAAGAUCGUGAAAGGAAAUGUCCCUAGCGAGUUCCGUAGCAUCGGAUAUUACGAAGGUUAUCAGUUCAAACGUGAUUGCUUAUAUCAAGAUACGACACAAGUUGAUCAUUUAAAAUAUACUCACUUGCAUUUUGGUUUUGCCGAUAUCUCCUCCGACUACGAAAUCAGUAUUAACGACAAAUCGACCAACUAUUAUCCUAAGAGGAUUAUUUUGCGCCAAGGAACCAGCCCGGCUAAUCGUAAGAAGCUUGCGAUAAACAUUGCGAAGUUCGUGAACGAUAACGACCUUGAUGGUGUCGACAUUGACUGGGAAUACCCAAGUGUACUCACUAACAAAAACCUGGCACCUGAUAUUCCUGGAACCCCGCCUCGUGACAAGAGUGAAGGAGCCAACUAUCUUGCUUUCCUUGUGAUUCUGAAGAAUCUUCUUAAAGAAAAAUCUAUUUCGAUUGCCGCUCCUAGCUUAUACUGGUACCUCAAGGGCUUCCCUAUCGCGAAGAUUAGUAAGGUUGUUGACUAUAUUGUCUUCAUGACUUAUGAUUUGCACGGGCAAUGGGAUGCAGAAUCCCUUUCCCUAAUCACUAAGGCUGGUGUGGACUUAGGGAAGGUAGUUGUCGGCGUUAGCAGCUACGGAAGAUCUUUCAGGAUAGCCGAUGCAGACUGCGAUGGACCGCUGUGCAAAUUCACCGGAGGCCGACUAGAUUCCAAUGCCGAUAAGGUAGAGUGCACUGAUACCGCGGGCUAUAUCUCAAAUGCUGAGAUCAAUCAACUCCUCAAGCACAACUCAUCCCCCGUCAAUAAACAUUAUAUUGACGCCCACAGCAACAGCAACAUCAUGGUCUACGAUAACACAAAUUGGGUGGCCUACAUGAGCCCCGAAAUCAGGGCUCAGCGAGCCAAGAUGUACGAAUCCCUUGGUAUGGGCGGCACAGGAUUCGAUGGUUGGCCUGGUCUGAUACUUGAAGCGAAGUCUGGCGUCAUCACGCCCCGAGGCGCUGGUAACCGCAGGGGCAACUGGACUAAGAUCGGCUAUGACGACGAGUACUACAGGGAGACUCCCUAUUAG